AUGACGAAGAUCAACAGCUCCCUCCACUCCUCCCGCAGGAAGUCGCGCAAGUCGCACUUCAGCGCCCCAUCCAGUGUUCGCCGCACUAUCAUGAGCGCCCCUCUCAGCAAGGAGCUCCGUGAGAAGUACAACGUUCGCUCGAUCCCAAUCCGCAAGGAUGACGAGGUCACCAUCGUUCGUGGCUCCAACAAGGGUCGUGAGGGAAAGAUCACCACCGUCUACCGUCUCAAGUACAUCGUUCACGUCGAGCGUGUUGUCCGCGAGAAGUCCUCUGGACAGUCCGUCCCGCUCGGCAUCCACCCCUCCAAGGUCGUCAUCACCAAGCUCAAGCUUGACAAGGACCGUGAGGCCAUCUUGGAGCGCAUCAAGACCGGUCGCGAGAUCAAGGAGAAGCUCAAGUCCAAGUCGGAGUAAAUACUGGACUCGAAUAUAAAACAAUAAAGGCAACGUGAAACUCGGUUAUAUCGGAGCUUGGGAAAUGGUGUUACGGGCAUACUAUAUCGGGCUGAUUCAGCAAUUUUUGCGGCAGCAAAUCGCCGGCAAUGCGUUAGGCAUGGGCUUUGGCGCAAUUCAAUCGAUCAAUAAUAUGGCCGUUUCACAUCCACCGUGCUUGCACGUCUGGUUCAUACUGUGAAAUGCUCCAUGGGAGUUAUCCCGAAGUUGGCUCCGCGUUCAGCGCUGCUCGUCUGCUUCUUUCUAUUAGCCCAUCUGGUUAAUUCCUCCCUUCCCCAAUUUUCUUAUUCCUUCCCCACCUCCCAGCUUUUCUCUCUCCUGUCAUUUCCAUCCCUUUCUGGCACCUUUUGCCUUACCCCUUGGUCCGCAAGUCUAUCUACCCGUGGAUAGGGUUACAGGCAGUCCAUUCCACGCCCAGUUAUAACCGCGAUUUCUUCCCCAACGGAUUUCGCGGUAAAAAAGUGGCGCAGAGUAACCCCUGUAGAGUGUUAUUUCUUCAUUGAAGUCCGCGCUAUAUCCUGCCUGCAGACCGCCCUCUAGACCCAUAGUCUGUUAAGAGCGUCGGUUUGAUGGUGUGAGACAGUAAUCGUAUGUCAACCGGUGAAGUAGUAUUGAGACCACUAACUUGUAGAUAUGAUAAAUUGAUGUAUUAGAUCGCUACUUCAUUAUAAUAAAACUACAAAACUACCGAUUA